CGAGUCCCUGCAGGUGCACAAAGAGGACUACAGGGUGCCGCACACUCACAAAACGCUGGACAUUUUCUUUUUCGAAUUUUGGAAGAAGUACGUGCAAGGAAAAGUGCACUUCGUCUGGCUGCCGUCCCCGUUGUCCUUGCACCUGACAAGCACGAAGGCAAAGAUUGACAAGGUCUUCGAGAAGAGCGGCAAGGAGCCCAUUCCCAUAGGGGUAUGAACUGCAAAAGCAUCUUACUCGUAGGAAUUGCAGUCAUGCAUUACAAAUCUUUUUCUUAAAGUAAAUCCGCAUUACAAAUUGUGAUUUGUAACACUAAGGCAAUUUGUAAUGCAUUUUAUACGAGUGCGAUACUUUUGCAGUGCAUAGGGGGAAAUCUUGAACCAUCUGGAAGAAAUCGACGCGACGCCACAAUUAUCAAAUGCAAAUAUCUACUGCAGCUUGUGAUGCUGUCUUCGGAUUCUAUAAAAAUCUGUAUUGCGUGCCCAGCAAGAGGAGUUCGGUGGUUUGUGCUACGCGGAGAGGGCAUGUCUCAUGCGGAAUAUGGAUCAGGAAGCCCUGCAAAUAUCUGUGAUGCUAGGCUAUGCAUUACAUGCAUCAUGGGGCAUGUAUAAUAUGCAUGACAAACCUUGCAAUUAUCUUCGAGACCCAGACACUUUUGCAAUUGAUAACAAUCCGAACGGCAGGCAGAAGAGGAGGAGAAAAGGAGAAAAUCCGAAAAGGCAAAACCAAAGCCAAAGCCCCCGGGCAGGGGCCAACAGCAGCAAGAUACUGCCGAAGAGGACGAGAACGACGCAAGCGCUUCACAAGCGCAUCGCGACGCCGCCCACUUUAAUUUUGACGAAGUGCGAACUAGCAACAUGCAUCAAGCACAAGCCAGCUUAACAGAGGAGCACCAGUUCUUCGGCCAGCUUCCCUGCUUCAUGGAAUCCGCAGUAUCAAAUGCAAAAAUGUCUGGGUCUGGAAGUGUCAUGCUGUUUUUGCAUGACACAAAAUGUCUGUCAUGGAAGCCCUAGCAUCACAGAUUUCGAGAAGUUUCCGCAUUGCUUAAUCCGCAUGACAAAUCCCCCAUUUUGGUGACAGGAAAUGGGCGCCUUUUGCUGCCCAUGCAUGAGUGAUUUGUCUGCGUUGUGAAAUGCGCAUCACAAGCUCGCAUCCUUCCAGACCCAGACACUUUUGAACUUGAUAUGCCGGGGAAGAUGACGAUAGUCGCGCGGCUCAGGUCGAGCAGCAAGUGAAAAAAAUUUGCGAGCUAUCAAACGGAAAAAUCCUCCUCCCCAUAUCGAAAUGGAAAUCUGUGAUGCAGGAUUUGAGGUCACAAAUCGACUUGUAAUGCUAGAAGGCCAAGAGCCGCAGUCGUGGUCUCGUUUGCAGGCAAUUUGUCAUGCUGUUUCCCACUCUCAGCUGCCUCCUAUCAUGCUGAAGAUGCAAGGCUCCCCCACGCCACCCAGCACUACAGUCCGCAUCUUUUCCCGUGUAGCAUGACAAAGCUGAUUUGUGCCAACAAAUCUGCGUCACAGAUUUCCGUUUUGAUAUGGGGAGGGGGGAUUUUUCCUUUUGAUACGAGCGCGAGCGCUUUCUCCGGUUGCAGGACUACUACCGAGCCCACCCGCAGGCCACCACGCAGCAGCUGGAAGAGGUCUACCAAAGUCUGCUCCCUGGGAUCAGCCGCGGCUCUGGCAGCUCUGUGCACCAGCACAGCACGGCGGCCAGGCUCGGGCUCCCCGCCAUGUGUCUAACCGCGACCGAUGGGAACAUGAGCAAGAAAAAAAAAGCAGAGCUGGUAUUACAAUGAAAAAUGCCCCCGCCUCGGAAUUUGCAAAAGUUUCUCAUGCAAAGCUUCCAAGUGAAGCCUUUCUGUCUUGCAUGAAAGGACGACGACGAGCCUUUCUCAUGCAGAAUUUAGGCACGCAAGGUAUCUUUUGCAUAACAGAUCCGGCUUCUGUUGGGCUCCUUUGCAAUACAAAUUUUGUUAUUCGGCACGGCAUCAAAAUCAAAUUUGUGAUGCUGAAAAAUGCAGGACGGGCACGAGGAAUGUUUCCAUUGGAAAGGUUUGCAAUACAAAUGCUGCCAAGCUCUGGGGUGUGGGCAUUCGCAUUUUUCAUUGUAAUAGCUGGCCAAGCAGCAGGAAGCAACCAUUGCGAAUCUGCUCCGGAUAUGAACUGCAAAAGUAUCGUACUAGCAUAAAUUGCAUCACAAAUUGACAUAGCAUUACAAAUAAAAUUAGAAUUUGUAAUGCAGAUUUGCCUUAGCAAAGAGAUUACUAUCUAAACUGCAGCAGCUGGUCAAAAAUGCAUGCGAGGGGUAUGUUCGGGGGUGUGUUCGGGGGUGUGUCAGGGGUAUGCAAAUGCUCCUCAAUCACGGGGGGACUACAAUUUUUUGCCGAAAAGCCAACAGGUGGGGUGUAAACAUACCCCAGACACACCCCAGACACACCCCAGACAUACCCCAGACAGACCCCCGAACAUACCCCAGGCAAAAAGUCCGAACAUACCCCAGACACACCCCGGACACACCCCGGGCAGACUUUCGGACACACCCCGGGCAGACUUUCGGACACACCCCGGGCAGACUUUCGGACACACCCCGGCCAAACUUUCGGACUUUGUCAUGUGAGGUUUGGACCCGAAGUCCAGUCUGUCACGCGAGACCGUGCGGCCAAGGGGCGAAAGCCCUAGGCCAGCGCGGGGACUCGGUCCCCGCGUCAUGGCCUAGGGGCCAGCUGUGAGCGCUUCCCGGACACCGUGCGGCCAAGGGGCGAAAGGCCUAGGCCAGCGUGGGGACUCGGUCCCCGUGUCAUGGCCUAGGGGCCAGCUGCUGGCAGGCGUUUCCCGGACACGGCGUGGCCAAGGAAGGGGCGAAAGCCAUAGGCCAGCGCGGGAACUCGGCUCCCGCGUCAUGGCCUAGGGGCCAGCUGUCGGCGCUUCCCGGACACCGUGCGGCCGAGGGGCGAAAGCCCUAGGCCAGCGCGGGGACUUGGCCCCCGCGUCAUGGCCUAGGGGCCAGCUGGGAGCGCUUCCCGGACGCCGUGCGGCCAAGGGGCGAUCGAAAUUCCUGGGCCAGCGCGGGGACUCGGUCCCCGCGUCAUGGCCUAGGGGCCAGCUGUUGGCGUUUCCCGGACAAGGUGUGGCCAAGGGGCGAAAGCCCUAGGCCAGCGCGGGGACUCGGUCCCCGCGCCAUGGCCUAGGGGCCAGCUUUGGGCGCUUCGUUCCGUUCCCGGACACCGUGUGGCCAAGGGGGGAAAGCCCUAGGCCAGCGCGGGGACUCGGCCCCCGCGUCAUGCAUGGCCUAGGGGCCAGCUGUUAGCGCUUCCUCCCCGGACACCGUGCGGCCAAGGGGCGAAAGCCCUGGGCCAGCGCGGGGACUCGGUCCCCGCGCCAUGGCCUAGGGGCCAGCUGUUCCUGCGCGCUUCCGUCCCGGACACCGCGCGGCCAAGGGCGGGGCGAAGCUGACCCCUAGGGCAGCGCGGGGACUCGGUCCCCGCGCAAUGGCCUACGUGCUAGUUUGUAACACUUCCCGUGCCCCCAUGUGGCCAAAGCGUGAAAGCCCCCCCUGGCCCGCCUAGGCCAGCGUGCGCGGGGACUCUGUCCCCGCGCCAUUGCCUAGGGCCCAGCUGCGAGCGCUUCUCGGGCACCGUGCGGCCAAGGGGCGAAAGCCCUUCCUAGGCCAGCGCGGGGACUCGGUCCCCGCGCCAUGGCCUAGGGGCCAGCAAGCUAGCUGCAAGCGCUCCCCGGCGACACCGUGCGGCGAAGUUAGGGGCGAAAGCCCUAGGCCAGCGUGGGGACUCGGUCCCCGCGCCAUGGCCCAGGGGCCAGCUGUGAGCGCUUCGCGGACACCGUGCGGCCAAAGGGCGAAAGCCCUAGGCCAGCGCGAGGACCCGGUCCCCGCGUCAUGGCCUAGGGGCUAGUUGCGAAGGAACACUCCCCGGACACCACACCGCGCGGCCAAGGAUGGAAGGGGCAGAGAAAAGCCCUAGGGCGGUGCGGGGACUCUGUCGCCGCGUCAUGACCUGGCGGCCGGCUCCUGACCCGGCGGGCGCGCGCCAGUUUCUUCGUUUCUUGCUUUUAUCUUUGCGCGCGGCAGGCUAGUGAAUGAAUCUAGUGCGCGCAAGCAAGGGGGCCGCGUCCGCAGGCCCGUCGCGGGUCAGUGAAUGCAAGGCGCACCGAGAUGCCUAGCUGCAGGCGACCUGCCUGCCCAGUGCCACCGCGCAGACAAAUGCCGGAAGGUCGCCGCGCGGGGACUCUGUCCCCGUGCUCGGACCUUGUUUGUAAUGCAUAAACGCAAUUAGUACGAGUGCGAUACUUUUGCACUGCAUACCGGAAUGCGAAUGUGAAUCCACAUCCCAAGAGUUCCAACUCCAGGUCACGACGAGGAGCUGCUCGUCCCACUCCGACCCCUAUGGCUGCUGGGGAGAUUGAGAUAAACGGAGAGACCUACAUAUCGUAUUUAAAAACGUCCCCACCCCAUAGUUGGAAUGCAAAUCUGCAUGCUAAGAAUGUAUCUCAUGCGGAACCCCAUGAGAAGCGCCUUUUAGUCGUGUUUUGAUAUUUGUCAUGCUCCAAUCAGCAUGAUAUACUAGAUCUGUAAUGCUGCUGAGCUACCUCAAACAGCACUACACUACGAGUCCAAAUUUGUCAUGCAAAACAACCAAAGCUUGUGGAUUUGUCUAGCCGAUUCCCUAUCUUGACUAUGGUGUGGGGACGUUUUUACACAGGAUACUACACGGAGCGAGAAUUCGUGCUGGCUGCGGUCGUAUCACCUGCAAAUGUGUCUGGGUCGGGAAUAAAGGUUGAGCCUGUAUUGCGUGUUUCGCAUAUCUAAAAAAUCUGUAUUGCAUAUAGCAGCAAAUAAGGUACCGCACUUCCACUUUCGCCAUGCAAAAGCGAAGUUUGUGAUGCGUUCUGCGCAUGAGACAGCGUUUGAAAAUAAAUGUGUCAUGCUGCAAUACACUUAAAGGCAUAGGCACAGUCUCAGUCAAUCAUCACCAUUCAGCAUAACAAGUUUCCAGAGGACCCAGACAUAUUUGCGUUUCAUAGGUCGAGCUGCUCACGUGUCCAGAAAUCAAUGAGGUCAAGGGUGGCCAUAUCCUGAGAAAAAAGUGUUACAGUUACAUACCCUGACGCAAGGACAGCAAGACAGAUAACCUCUGUCAUGCAGGAAAUGCUUUCCAGCCUCAUUUCAUUCGUGUUUUCACUUAUAGUCUGCGCAUCACAGGCACAGGCUUUCUUUGCCAUGUCGAGCAACUUUGUGAUGCCGAAACUCCAACAAAUGGGUAACUGUAUACACUUUUUUCGUGCGAUAGACCACGUGCUCUGUGAGGCGCAUCCUGAUUGUGUGCGGCAGUAUGCCAAACCCUAUUGCAACUACCGCAUUGUGGCGGACCACGUCCACAAAACAGCGCUCUUGCAUCAGCACCAGCAUUCGCCAGGACAAGAGCAUCACCACCACCAUAUCAAAGGGAAAAAUCCCCCCUCCCCAUAUCAAACCGAAGCUUCUGAUGCUGGAUUUGUGUACAGAAAUCCGAGCUGUCUUGCUGGAGAGGACCGCAGGCCCAUGCUAAGUGUGAGUAGAGAGGAUUUGGCCUAGGCGCUUAGCAUGAAAAACGUCCGCGCUGUAGGCCCAACAGCAUGACAAACCGCCUGCAUAUUAAUGCUGCGGAGCCUGUGGAGUUGCCUUCUUGCAAGACAGGCGCGAUUUGUUGUCACAAAUCAGCGUCACAAAUUUCCGAAAACUUACCUUGUUAAUAUGGGGAGGGGGGAUUUUUCCUUUCGGUACACCAGCGCGAGAAAGACGUGCUUUUUAUGUUGCCGCCCCUGCAGCUUCCAAGCGGGAUCGUGGGGAACGACAACUUCGCACAGCAGGUGGAGGUAUCAAAUGCAAAAAUGUCUGGGUCUGGAAGGAUGCAAGUUUGUCAUGUUUGUCUGGCAUGACUCGAGAAUCUGUGUUGCAUAGGCACGAAAAGGCCCUCUUACCUGUCAUGCAAAAACGCAGUUUGCCAUGCGGAAUACGUAAGACAUGGCAGCCAAAAAAUUUGUCAUGCAUAGCUGCGUAUUGCAGUGCGUCUACCAUUCACUUUUAGCAUUACAAGUCUGGAGACCCAGACAUUUUUGCAUUUGAUAAGAAGAAAACAAGGCUCUGCGGAGGGCGCGUGGUGGAACUACCACAGCACCCCAGGAUGCGGGCUUCGAUUUGCGGCGUGAGCACGUGAAACCCUUCACCCAGCUGGAGACUACGCUGUACCUGCGCGGCCUGGCCUGGCUGGUGCGCGGGGGGCCUGUGUUGACCAACGAAAUGCCGAACCACAACGACCAGAGGAUGUUUCCGAACCCGGCCUUCCUAUCCUGUGCAAAAGUAUCGUACUCGUACUCAUAAUUAUAAUAAUAGCGAAACGACUUUGCCCUCCCCCUUUGCUAUAAUCUAUAGGAGGCACUUAGAAAAAUAAUUCUAAACGAAUGUGCUUAGAAGGUCUCGUCUAGACGCUUCGUGUAACAGAUUGAACGCGUUCCCGUUAUCUGUACCCCGUACCGUCGUGCAAAAUGUUACGCUGCACGCUCUGGCGAGCAGCAGAGCAAAGCCACGCAUCAACUUCAGUGUGAUUUUGCUAGAGAAAGCGUCGACAAGCCCGAUUGCCCCCGUUUUCCCGCCCGAAAACAGGGAUCAACUCCUCGGCCAUCACUUUCCGGCAUGGCAAAAAUGAUGGCCAAGAGCUCCCUGGCCAUCCCCUUGCCUUCGCUCGGGCAAAAGUUUUCCAAGGGGGGCAUGCCCAGUCUGUCAGGCAAAAGCGGCGGCCGCGAGCUCCGGGGCCAAAAGCAUCACUUACCGGCCGGGCAAAAUUGAUGGCCAAAAGCCCCUCCUGGGCCAUCACUUUCCGGUCGGGCAGAGUGAUCCCUGGCCUUCCCUUUCCGGCCGGCAAAAGUGAUGGCCAAAAAUUCCACGGCCAACCACCAACUUUCGCUCGGGCAAAAGUGAUGGCCAAGAAGAGCUCCCUGGCCAUCGCUUUUGGCCAUCACUUCCCGGUCGGGCAAAAGAAAGUGAUGGCAGAGAGGCCCUUGGCCAUCACUUCCCGGGCGGGCAAAAGCGACGGCACGGCCAGGACCUCCUUGGCCAUGCAUGUGUCGGUCGCUUUUCGCUCGGGCAAAAGUGUUUCCGGUUCGUCGGGCGAAAGUGAUGGCCUGGAGCCACUUGGCCAUCACUCUGCACGGGCAACAGUGAUGGCCGAUAGCUCCCCGGCCGCCACUUUUCGCUCGGACGGACAGCCGGGCAGCCAGGCAAAGUGAUGGCCAGGAGCCCCUUGGAUGGGUGGCCAUCACUUUCGGCGGCUAUCAUUUUCGUUCCGAUCGGGCAAAAGUGACGGGCACAAGUUCCUCGGCCAUCAGCAUCGCCGUCCGAUCGGUUCGGGCAAGUGAAAAAGUGGCGGCCGCGACGAGCCCCUUGGCCGUCGCUUUCGGCCAUCGCCUUUUGCUCGGGCAGAAGUGAUGGCCGAGAGCUCCUCGGCCAUCAUUUUCCGGCCGGGGCGCGCAAAAGCGAUGGCCAGGAGCUCCUCGGCCAUCGCUUUCCGGCCGGGCGAAAGUGGUGGCCAAGAGCCCCGGGGCCAUCGCUUUCGUUGGCCCGCCUGGGCAAAAGUAAUGGCCGAGAACUCCCUGGCCGUCGCUUUUGGCCAUCGCUUUCCGGUCGGGCAGAAGUGAUGGCCAACAGCUCCUGGGCCAUCACUUUUGGCCAUCGGCCACCUUUCGGUCGGGCAAAAUUGCUGGCCUAGAGCCCCCGGGCCAUCGCUUUAAGUAAGUUUUGGAUGGCCGUCAGUCACUUUCCGGUCGGGCGAAACAAAGUGACGCCCAGCGGCUCCCUGCCUGGUCAUCACUUUUGGCCACCCAUCGCUUUCCGGACGGGGGGGGGCAAAAGGGUCAGUGGCCAAGAACUCCGUGGUCGCCCAUCAGUUUUUGCAAUUGCUUUCCGAUCGGGCAAACGUGAUGGCCAGACGCCCCCUUCGGGCCAUCACUUUUGGCCAUCACUUUCCGGCCGGGCGAAGGUGAUGGCCCAGAACUCUCUGGCCAUCUCUUUUUGCCAUCGCUUUCCGGUCGGGCAUGCAAAAGGGACGCAUGGCCAAGUGCCCCCUGGCCAUGCGUCACUUUUGGCCACCACUUUCCGGUCGGGGGGGCGAAAAUGAUGGCCGCAAGCUCCUCCGUGGCCAUCGCUUUCCGGUCAGGCAACGAUGGCUCGGGGCUCUCUGUCUGCCCAUCGUUUCCUGGCCGGGCAAAAGAGAUGGCCAAGAGCUCGUCGGCCACGCACCACUUUCCGCUGGCUCGGACAUAAGUCAUGGCCGAGAGCCCCUUGGCCAUGGCUUUCCGGUCGGGCAAAAAUGAUGGCUAAGAACUCCCGCCUGGCCAUCAAUUUUGGCCAUCACUUUCCGGCCCGCCGGGCAAAAGUGAUGGCCAAGGGCAGGAGCUCCUGGGCCAUCAUUUUCCGGUCGGGCCCUUGGUCACUGACUACUUUGACUGUCCGGCCGGGCAAAAAUGAUGGGCAAGAGCUCCUCUGGUGCCAUCAUUUUCCGGCCGGGUAAAGUGGUGGCCAGGGACUCCUGAGCCUUCACUUCCCGGCCGGGCAGGAGUGAUGGCCGAGAGCUCCAUGGCCAUCGCCUUCCGUUCGGGCAAAAGACCUCGCCAAGAGCCCGCUGGCCAUCGCUUUCCGGUCGGGCUGAAAUAAUGGCCAAGAGCUCCCUGGCUAUCACUUUGGGCGGGCAAAUUGCGAAAACCGAUUCCAAGUCCGGAUCCCCAUGCUGUUGUCGGGAUGCUGUCACGAAAGCGCUCGCGACAGCAUCCGGACGACAACAGGGGGGCUCGGACCUGAAAGCGGUUUGCACAACUUGCAGCCCAAGCGUGGAAACCAUCUCCAGCCCCGAGCCCCCCUGUUGUCGUCAGGAUACUGUCGCGAAGCCCUUCGCGACAGUAUCCCGACGACAACAGGCGGACUCGGACGUGGCAGCGGUUUUCACAACUUGCCGCCCAAGUCAGUGCGAGCACCACUCUCACCCCCGAGCCCCCCUGUUGUCGCCAGGAUAGAUACUGUCGCGAAGGGCUUCGCGGCAGUAUCCUGACGACAGCAGGGGGACCCGGAUUGGAAAAAUGGGAAUGCCAUUUUUUCGAGUCCGAAUCUUCCUGCCGUCGUCAGGAUACUGUCCGUCGCGAAGCGUAUCCUGGCGACAACAUGGGGCCACGAGCUUGGCGCUGGUUUUUUUCGAUGAAAGAAACCCUUGGCAAGCGCUGGCAAAAGUGAUGGCGAAGAGCUCCCUGGGCAUCGCCUUUCGGCCGGGCGCAAGUGCUGGCCAAGAGCUCCCUGGCCGUCAAAGUGGCCAUCGCUUCGCGGCCGGGCAAAGCAAGGUGAUGGCCAAGAGCUCCGCGGCCAUCGCUUUUCGUCCGAGCAAGAGCGAUUUUGGCCAUCGCUUUCCGGUCGCUGGCUCCCUCGGGCAAGAGUGAUGGCGAAGAACUCCGCGGCCAUCAAUUUUUGCAAUCGCUUUCCGGUCGGGAAAAAGUUGUGAUGGCUAGAAGCUCCCUGGCCAUCACUUUUCGGCCGGGCAAAGAAAAACGAUGGCGACAGCUCCUUGGCCAUCACUUUUGCCAACCACUUUCCGGACGGGCAAAAGUUGUGGCCAAGGGCCCCUGCCUUGUCUAUUGCUUUUGCCCAGCGCUUUCUUGUCCGUCGGGCAAAAGUGAUGGCCAAGAGCUCCCAGGCCCUCACUUUCGGCCAUCAGUCACUCACUUUCUUCCCGCGCGGGCAAAAGUGUUUGCCAAGAGCUCCGCGGCCACCACUUUCUGGUCGCGCAAAAGUGUUGGCCAAGUGCUCCAUGGCCAUCACUUUUGCCCAUCACUUUCCGGUCGGGCAACCGGGCAAGAGUGAUGGCCAAGAGCUUCCAGGCAGGCACUUUUUGCCACCUCUUUCGUUCCGGCCGGGCACGCUUUUCCUAUUCGGCUUCAAUCACUUUUCUCGCGCACGCUUUUGCCCCUCGGCUUCUGGUGUAUGGCAUGGGUGGGGGGGCGCGAGGCAAAACCGCGCAAACAAGCCCCCGGAAGCGUGAGGCCCAUCCCCAUCCAGGGGCGGGGGUUUUCUUUACGCCGGCCGCCGAAGCCGCCCCAGAAUAAGCUUCGCAACUGGCCUCCUUCGCUUUGCCUGCCGCGUGCGGCUAAAGGGCUGACGGCGGGCCGGCGUCCUGGACGCCGGACCGCAAAAGGCGUUAAAGCGGCGAGGCCGCGAGGGCAAGCGCAGGCGCGGCAACGCGGCUAUAGGGCUGACGGCGGGCCGGCGUCCUGGACGCCGGACCGCAAAAGGCGUUAAGGCGGCGAGGCCGGUAGGGCAAGCGCAGGCGCGGCAACGAUCUUCCUCGCGGCAGGCAGCGUUAUGCUUUUCAACCUUCUAGCCACAUCCUAUUCGACUCCACGCCAGACCUUCUAAGCGUUUAAAUCUACUAGCCCAGCGGGCGUCCUGGGCGCCCGCGUCAAGAGGCUAGUAGUCAUACUCAUUGCAGUCAUGCAUUACAAAUCUUCUUGUUAAGGUAACUCCGCAUUACAAUUUUUUUUUCUCAUGCUGAGCAAAUUUGUAACGCAAUUAUACAAGUACGAUAGGAUACUUUUGCAGUUCACACUUCCGCAUCGGUCGCGACAUCGAGAUGAGUGUCGAUUUGACGGGUGGGAACAGCAUCCACUAUCCUAUGUAAAAACGUCCACACACCAUAGUGUCAAGAUGGCAAGUCUGCAACACAAAUCCCCAAGUUCUUUUGGGAGUUUUGCCUGACAAGUUUAUUCCAUCUGCAAUGUAUUUUUUCAGGCUAACAAGUGAAGCCGCAUGAGAAAGCCAUUGUCUCAUCCUGUUUACAGCAUUACAAAUGCCAAAACACGACUGGAAAUGAUGCCUCUCAUGGAAAUGCGCACUCCAAGUGGUCCUGUCUUUGCACAUUUGCAUGACAACUCCGGGGUAGGGACGUUUUUACACAGGAUAUUCACAAACGGAACCCCAUCACCACGUCGUGUCAGCUAAACAUCCUAUCCACAGAAAAAAAACCCUCCACACCCAUUUUUCCUUUUUGGCAUGACAAACACAGGAUCCUAUACGUGUUUUGCAUGACAAAUUGGAUGUGGAUGGGUGGUUUUUCCUGGAUACAUCCAAGAGAUGCUCGACUACAUCGAGAAUGUGAUAUCGUGGGAAAAAAGUGUUACAGUUAAGCAUUCUGAUGCGAGACAAGCAAGACAGAAAACCUCUGUCAUGCAGGAAAUGCUUGGCAGCCUCAUUUCAUCCUUUUUUGCCUUAUUGUCUGCGCAUUACAAGUUUUUCUCGUCGUGCAGCGCAACUUAGUGAUGCUGAAAUUACAUAUUUUAUCAAUGUGUAACUGUAGCACUUUUUUCGUGGGAUAUGUGAAGCAGAAAAUUCAGUGUUGCUUUCUCAUGAAGAAAGCGACGCAGCGCCAUGGGGCAACAAGUAUGAACUGCAAAAGCAUCGCACUAGUAUAAACCAGCCAUGCUCCGGCUGCCGCCGGAGCGCACGGCUGUUGGGCCGGGGCAUGACUGUUUGCCGAUCGGACCACAACCCCACGGGCCUAUGUACAACGAAACUUACUGCAUUCGUGCCGCUGGUUUGCGCCGCGCCAACCCGCAGGACCACUUGCGCGCUUCCCGCGCCUGCGGGCGCUCUGCGCAGGGAGCAGCUGCAAAGAACAACGGGGGCGAACAGAAGGCGCUCGGCGGGAGAGGGUAGCGCGAGAGGGUGGCGCGAGAGGGUUGCGCGAGAGGGUGGCGCGAGAGGGUGCGCGAGAGGGUGGCGCGAGAGGGUGGCGCGAGAGGGUGUGCGAGAGGGUGGCGCGAGAGGGUGGCGGGGACAGGCGCCGAACAAGACAAGUCCGCGAAUAGCCUGCAGUGCCAAAUAUGGGUAUGACCAUGCGGAUUCGCGCCCGCCACUUUGUGUUUUUACCCUCUCGUAGACCUCUCGCAGACCCUCUUUUUUACCUCUUUUGGGGGUCCCCGCUAAUAAUCCGGCUAUGCUCGCGGGUAGAGGUCGACAGAGGUGGCCGAGAGGUGGCCAAGAGGGUCCGCGAGAGGUCGCCCCUUAUUCGCGCCACCUCUCUCGACCUCUGUCGACCUCUCGCGCCCCCUCUUUUUGACCUCUCUGCACCCUCUGAGGCACUUAGGCGCCGCCUUAAGGUGGGGCCUUCGGCGGGCUAUACUCGCGCACCCUCUUCGCCGAUCCUCUCGAAAGGGGUCCCGCGCCACCUCUCCACCUCUGUCGACCUCUUUUUUACCUCUUUUGGCCUCUUUUUGACCUCUCGGCCACCUCUUGUUUACCCUCUGUCUACCUCUUUUUUCGCAUGAAUAUAAUACGUAGUAAUUGCAAUACAAAUUAGCUCAGCACUACAAAUUAAAUUUGUAAUGCGGAUUUGCCUUAACAAAAAAAUUUGUAAUGCAUAAAAGCAAUGAGUACGAGUACGAUACUUUUGCACAGGAUAACAAGCCUCCACGUGCAAGAUUUGAGUCGCGCCUUCUCGGAUACUAGCUCCGGUCAAGGUAUGGGAGUGUCAGGAUUGGAAUCGACAAAGUCGAAAAAUUUGUGAUGCAUAAAAUCGAUACCAGUUGGAGCCUCAGUCUGUAAGUGGCGCAUGACAAAUUUCGGGGGAACUCAAACGCAGUCUGUCAUGCUGUUUGGGCAAAGAAGACUGCUUCUGUCAUGCUACUUUGGCAGCACACUUCAUACCCCUCAACAGGCUCACAAUCGGUCUCAUUUGCCUCCUCCCCAAUACAGGCCUCCAGUGCCAUACAUUUUACGCAUCACAAAUUUUUCGAUUUUGUCGAUUUCGAUCCUCACACAUCCAUACAUGGGCUUCACAACGCUCGAACCGGGCCAAAUGCUGCCUACUCCUAUCAAAUGCAAAUAUGUUUUCGGUCCUCUGGAAGAAUGCCAGACUUGUCAUGCAGGUUUUCCAUAAACCCAUGAGGUCUGGUAUGUAGGACAUAGCAUGACAGAUUCUGUGAGAUCUUUCUAAUACCUAUCCCGCAUGAGAAACUGCGCUCGAUUUUUAGGGCAGAAGUGGACAACUACUUUUGGCAAUCAUGCAACGCAGUUUUUUGCCUGAUUCAGAUUUAACAUGACAAGUUGCAUCAACCUCCCAGACCCUGACACAUAAUUUGCAUUUGAUAACUCCUCCUCGUCUCACAAUCCGCACGACGACGAGCUGUUCGCGUCGGCGCACCAUGACUAUGACAGUGCACAACUCCCCCUCCCCCUCAUUUGUCAUGCAAAAACCCAAAUCCAGUUGCUACCUUGUGGCACCGUGUGCAUGACAAAUUUCGGAAAUCCAAACAGUACUACACUCGGCGCAUGCACUUGUCAUGCACAGGGGCCACCUGUACUGGUGUUUGUAAUGCUGAUGAUGUCAUACAAGUGAGGGGAAGGGGGAGUUGUGCACUCUCAUAAUAACUCGUCGUCGCACAGAAGUACUACUUCUCGCCACGCUGCCAUGAUCGACUCGGAAACGAAUAAUAUCAAACGCAAAAGUGUCUGGGUCUGGAAGGUUGGAACUUGUGAUGCUACCUUUGGACUCUAAAAAAAUCUGCAUUGCAUGACCAGCAAGAGUAUGCGCUACGCGGGGAGGGCGUUUGUCAUGCGGAGUAGGCAUCAGGAAGCCCUCAAAAAAUCUGUGACGCUAGGUCGUGCGUUACAAAUAUCCUGGGUCAUGCAAAACAUGCAUGACAAGUCUCAGAAUCUUCCAGGCCCAGACACUUUUGCAUUUGAUAGAUAAGUAUUGCAGCAAACUGGCCUCGACCUCACGCGAAUCGCUGCAACGGGUGUGCACCAAGGAACACAGCGAGCGGCUGCGGGCCUACAAAAUCCAGAUGGACGACUUUGCCCACGUAUCGAUAGUAAAUUUAUUUUUCCCGUACACGACGUAAGGACAAAAACAAAUGCGGUCUCUGCAUGACAAAACUUGGCUUCGAUCUCGGUUUAGCAUGACAAGUGUUUUUGAGAUCCUAAUUGGUGAAAUUUGUGAUGCAUCUUCUUGCACAUGUAGUUGAUGUACGCAAAUGAAUUUGUAUUGCAUACCACAACUGCAUUUCCUACGGGCCCCUGGAGCCGCUGCACGCAAUAUCCUGAGUAAAAACGUCCCCACACCAGAGUCAGGAUGGGGAUUUUGCAACACAAACCUAGGAGCUUUGUGAGUCACGCAUGACAAGUUGCACUCUGCAGUGUAGUGCAGGUUAGCAAGUGUAGCCGCAUCACAGAUUCGUCUGCUCAUCCUGUUCACAGCAUCACAAAUUCCAAAACACGACUGGAAAUGGCUCUCAUGCGGAUGCGCAUUACAAGUCUUCCUGUCUUUGCAAAUCUGCAUUACAACUCUGCUGUGGGUACUUUUUUACUCAGGAUACGCAAACUCGCUUCUUCACCAGGGCAUCUCGCUCGACGACACCAACUAUGACAGUGCACAACCCUUCCUCCCCCUCAUUUGUAUGGCAUGAACAACAAUACAAACACCUACACCAGCACACGUGGAGCCUGUGCAUGACAAAUUUUUUAUGUGCCUGAUGUAGUACUGUUUGGGCUCUCAGAAUCUGUUAUGCAAACAGUGCCACAAGGCAGCAACUGGAUCUUCUGGGGUUUUGCAUGACAAAUGAGUGCGAGGGGGAGUUCUCCACUCUCACACGAACCAAGCGCAGUGCGACGCCAGCGCCGGGUUGCCCCUCGGGCUGGGCAUGGGGGCGUCCAAGGUGGAGCUUGUGGUGUUGGAUCUGCUGCGGUACACCAUUCGGGAGCACGAGGCAGAAAACACGCGCGUCGUAUCACGAGAAAAAAGUGUUUACAGUUACACAUUUGUAUUUGUUGGAGUUUCUGCAUCACAAAUUUUCUCUGUGUGGCAGAGAAAACUUGUAGUGCGAAGAUCAUAACGGAAAACAGGAAGGAAACGAGGCUCCCAGCAAGCAUUUUCUGCAUGAGAAAGGUUGUCUGUGUCGCCGGUCUUGCAACACAAUGUGCAACUGUAACAGUUUUUUCUUGCGAUACAUCGAGGACGACCCCUACUUUCUCGGCGUUUCGAAGAAGGGCGCGGAGGUAUGAACUGCAAAAGCAUCGUACUCGUAAUAAUUCAUGCAUUACAAACCUUUUUCUUAAAGGUAAAUCCGCAUUACAAGUUUUAUUUCUCAUGCUGAGGAAAUUUGUAAUGCAUUUAGACGAGUACGAUAGUACACUUUUGCCAUUCAUAGGCAGUGGAAAAAGUCGACUUCUAUGUUCGACUGCGGAACGUUAUCACGAGAAAAAAGUGUUACAGUUACACAUUUGUUGGAGUUUCUGCAUCACAAAUUUUCUCUGUGUGGCAGAGAAAACUUGUAAUGCGAAGAUCAUAAGGGAAAACAGGAAGGCGAAGGAAACGAGGAUCCGAAGCAUUUCCUGCAUGAGAAAGGUCGUCUCUGUUGCUAGUCUUGCAUGACAAUGUGUAACUGUAACACUUUUUUCUUGCGAUAAACGUGAUGCAGACUUGGAUCGACGUCGAAAACUUCGCCCGGCUCGUGUAUCGCAAGAAAAAACUGUUUCGCUGUAAACUUGUAAUGCAGAAAAUGUAUCAUCUGAGAAGUGUUUCUCUUGCUACGCAUGCAAGUGAUGACGAUGAUACACAUGCAAGACAAUAGAUUUUUAGCUGUGUUUUCCCUUAGGCAUCUCCCAUGGCAAAUUUUCCCUGUGAUGUAGAGCAGACUUGUGAUGCAAAACUUGCAAAAUUCUUCCAGCGAAAAACUUUUUUCGUGCGAUAUCGUGCGCACGAAGUGCAAUAUCAAGAAUGACCCCCACUGCGACCGCGAUCCCUUUUGCUCGAGGCCUCUCGAUUUCUCCCCCCUGUUCCGGACCAUAAACAUUCCGGAGCAUUGGAUUCCGAUGGGAUGCCAGUACGACGACAAUCCCAAUUAUGGGGGUGGAGGACCUCCGGGUAGCUCUUUGACGGGCGGAAACGGAAUCAUAAAUCCGCACAGCCACAGCUACAACACAGGCAUAGAAGGAGGCAGAAGGAGCAAUAUUAAUUUCUACUCUGGUGCUGCAGGCGGCGCAGGUGUACCAGAUCACCCGCCCGGUGGGGGCAUGGGCCAUUCUACUCCUAACUCCUAUAAUCUAAAUUCCGGUCUACAAGGUGCUGGUGCCCAACAACAAAUUCAAGACCAGCAGUACAACAUGAUGAACGGUCGUUGGGCGUCAAAUCUCCAACAGGCAGCGUUAGUACUAUGACAAUGCAUAACUCCCUCUCCCCCUGAUUUGUAUAGCAUGCACGGCAAUAAAAGCAUGAGCAAGAGUGCCGGUUUUGUAUGACAAAUUUACACAGGAGUAUAGUGCUAUUCAGGCUACCAGAAUUUGUCACGCAUAAUAGUGACAGGAGGAACAGUCUGGAAUUGGUGUUUUGCAUGAGAAAUGAGAACGACGGAGAGUUGUGCACUCUCAUAAGUGCGCAAGCAGGAUGUGCUGGCCACCCUGUGGCUGUUGGUGGGUCACGGGGAGGAAAAUGAGAACAAGCAUAUGAUCCAGGGAAAAACACCCAUCCCAUCCAUUUUUUGCAUGACAAACGCUGCAGCUCAUGCAGGUUUUCCAUGACAAAUUCGAUGGGGAUGGGUGUUUCUGUUUUUUCUUGGAUAGAGCAGCACAGCACGCCCGAAGCCUGGAAAGCGCAAGUUGCGGGCAUGACGAAGGAGGAAAUGGAGAAGCAGAAGCCACCGGAAAUGGUCUCUGUGAUGUGGUUAUAAAUCGCAAAAGUAUCGUACUCGUAUAAAUGCAUUACAAAUUUCCUCAGCAUGAGAAAUAAAAUUUGUAAUGCGGACUUGCCUUAAGAAACAAAUUUGGAAUGCAUGACCGCAAUUAGUACUACGAGUACGAGAUACUUUUGCACAGGAUAGUGGUCAAGCUCCCACGGCGGCGAGCUGACCCCGAUUCACAAGGACUGGGUGAAAGGCACCGGCUCCCCCCUGCAAACAUCGAAAUCCCUCGAGUUUCGCCCCGGCAGCCGGAUCUGCGUCGAGAUCCGGGUGGCACGAAAGGACCUUUACGCCGGGAAGAAGUUGAACCACAUCAUGCAGUAUGAACUGCAAAAAUAUCGUACUCGUAGUAAUCCUCGCAGUCAUGCAUUACAAGUCUCCCUCUUAACCUAAGUCCGCAUUACGAAUUUCAUUUUUCAUGCUGAGGGAAUUUGUCAUGCGAUUUCUACUAGUUGCGCGAUGCUUUUGCUUUGCAUAUGCAGAGCCUGCACGAGCUGCACGUGGACUUCGGAUUUGGAGAGCGGGACGAAAUCUCCAACUUGCCCUCCAAAAAAGCACAAGCAGCGUCUAUCUUUUCCGGAGCUCACGCGGACGUGGAUCCGUUCAUGGCCCGCCUAGCAAACGACGAGGCUGACGUUGCCAGACUGCGCCGAUUGAUGAUGGCCGAGAAUUUUGACGACGCGGAAGAGGAUCAGAAUGGAAAGAACAGUCUGCUCGAGGACCUGGACGGGGAUGGAAAAAUUUCGGAUCUAGACGCCUUGCUGCAUAUGGUAAAGGAAGAGAGUUCCAUGCUCUCGCAGCGGCAGGCCGAAGAGCUGGACGAAGCAAUAGAAGAUUUGGACACUGGAGGUGAACAAAUAAAUCCACUUUCACGUAGUAAAAUGGCAGCACUUGCUGCAUUUGGAGACGCCGAACCCGAUGACGAUAUCGUGCAGGAGGAAGAUGAUGAAACGAGGGAGCACCACCUUCGGCAUAGCCUCAGGAGUGUGUUCAGUGGGCGCCGAACGAGCAAGGAGGAGCAAAAGAAAAAAAGAUCUGCUAUCCAGACGUGGCGGAAAAGGCAAAAGCAGAAAAGAGUAGAGAAGGCCGACCCUUGGAACUGGAUCCGAGACAAGGUAAAAACUUUCGGCAUCACUAUCCAGAACUCCGUGAACCAAACCAUGACCAACGUGUGGCGCAACCUGCUAUCAUUUGUAAAAACGUGGUCCCUUCCCCAGCCCCAGGUUGUAUAUGCAAAUCUGCAUGCUGAAAAUAGUUUCUCAUGCGGAGACCACCUAAGAGAAGCAGCUUCUAUUGGUGUAUUUUGCGAUUUGUGAUGCUCACUUCCGCAUGGUACUAUGCUAGAUCUGUGAUUUUCUGCUUCACUAGCUAAAAACGGCUACAUUAUGCGAGCCAAAAUUUGUCAUGCGCAACAGCCAAAGUUUGGCGAUUUGUCUAGCAGGUUUCCCUCCAUUUUGACUCUGGUGCGGGGACGACGGUUUUGCUCACCACACCUGCCGAAGAUGGUUCGCCGAAAGCUGUUAAAGUGGAAACAGGAGCAGUUUGGACUGCAGACCUGGAUAUGAAAGCCUCAGGUUGGAAAUCCUCAAUUUGAAAAUAGUUUGUAAUGCAAAAAACCACUCCAGUUGAAGCACCAUUUCUACUCGGCGCAUGACAAAUUUCCCGGGCACUCGAAGUAUGUCUGUCAUGCAGGUUAAGGCAAAGGGGUGCCCUUCUCUCGUGCUAAUCAGCACUCCAAUUCUUAACCCGUAGCAGGACAAGGCUUUCUUGCGUCGCAUUUCAUGCAUCACAAAUUGUUUCCAUUUUGAGGAUUUCCACUUUGAGGCUUUCAUACUGGAAGAUGAGGAUUGCCAAGGCGUUGUACGCGCACAGCGUCACGGUGUUGAAGUUUUACGUCACUGUGCCUCUGGUCGAAACGCACAAGUUUAGCCAGACCCUGCAAGAUAUGCAUUGUGAAAGUAUCGUACUCGUAGAAGUAAUCGCAAUUAUGCAUGACAAAUCUCUUUUCUACGCUGAAUCAGCAUAAGAAAGUCCAUUUGUGGUCAUGCUGACCUAACUUGUAUUGCAAUUUCUGUCUACUACGAAGCAACUUUUGCAAUGCAUACAAGACCUCCAGGAGCUCGAGACGGGGCGGUACCGAAGCGCGGAGCACAUGGAGCAGUGGAUCGAGCGCAAGGCGGCCCAGCGAUCUUUGGGCAGCAGCAGCGGAUUAGGUAGUAGCUAUGCAAUACAAAUUUCCAGUACAUGUACAAGAUGCAUCACAAAUUUCACCAAUUUGGAGUGUAAAACUUGUCAUGCUAAACUAGAAAAGAAGACAAGUUUUGCCAUGCAGAGACCGCAUGUGUACGUGUCCGGUAAAUUUACUGUGGAUAGUAGCCCGGGCCACUUCAUCGACGCCGGAAAGAUAAAAAAUAUCACAGGAAAAAGUGUUAAUGUUAACGAUUUUCACAGAUUGCAGUCAUGCAUCACAAAUGUAGCCCAAUAUGCAUGCUAUGCAUAGCAAAUUCUGACACGUCUUGUGAUGCAUUUCUGCAUCACACAUUCUGUUAACGUUAACACUUUUUCUUGUGAUAAAAAAGACCAUCAAGCAAAGAAUCGAAGACAUCCAGAACGACGUUCCCGUGGUGAUAAGGCGGCCGGCGAAAGAAGGGGAGGGAGACGGAGUAGAGGAGAGCUUGAGCAAUACUCCAGGACAAGACGCUGGUGCGGAUCAUGCUGUAGACCAACAAGAAGACAGCAGCACCAGCAAGAACCAGGCCAACAAGAACAACAGCACAGCAACACCCCCUGCUCUGAUUGCUCUCGCGCCCAGAGACCUCUUUGAGCGAAAACUGAUUGCUCAUAUCAAAUGUAAAAAUGUCUGGGUCUGGAAGAAUGCAACUUGUCAUGCUAAAGCUGAAGGAUGCAAAAAUCUGUGUUGCAUGAUUACCAAAAGGUGUCUGGUUUUAACCAAGUCGGGAGGGAGUUUCUCAUGCAGGAUAGGCAUGAGAGAGAUCGCACAGGAUCUGUCAUGCGAGGUCCUGCAUUCCAGGCCUCAUGGGUCAUGGAAAAGCUGCAUGACAAAUCGCGCAUUCUUCCAGACCCAGACAUUUUUACACUUGAUAGCUCAGCUCGUGGAGCAAAACCGAAUUCGCGCCCGAGAGGAAGCGGUGCAGUUUGAGGAGGCUAUAGGUGGGCGGAUAUCCACUGCAAAAGUAUCGUACUCGUAGAAAUGCAAGUCUCGCAUUACAAAUCUUGUUCCCAAGGCAAAUCAGCAUGACAAUUUCCAUUUGUCGCGCUGAGCAAAUUUGUGAUGCAAUCUCUACUAGUAUGUUGCUUUUGCAGUUCAUAGCAGACGGCUAAGACCCAAUCGGCACGGGAAAACGCGCCCUUCGAUUCCCGGACCAGCAUCGAGAAAGAGCACGAUUUGAAAGAGGCCGUCGAACAAAUCCGAACCGAGCUAUGACGAGAGUGCACAACUCCCCCUUCCCCUCAUUUGUUUUUGUAUAGCAAGAACAGCAAUUAUACAAAUGCCAGCACAUGUGGAGGCACUGCAUGGCAAAUUUGUGUGCCUAAUGUAGUACUGUUAACUGUUUGGGCUUCCGGAAUUUGUCAUGCAAACAGUGCGACGAGGCAGCGAUUGGCUUGGGGGUUUUACAUGACAAAUGAGGGGCAGCAGGGGGAAUCAAUUGUGCACUCUCAUACGAGCAAGACCUGCACCAGAAAAGGUAUCUCGACGUCCCGUUAGUAAACAUGCUGAUCGACCCGCAAACCGGAGCACAGGCAAUCGACCCGAAAUCCAGGCUAAACCGCGCUCUAUCAAAUCCAAAAAUGUCUGGGUCUGGAAUGUUGCCGGGUUUGUUUAUGCAUAUUUUGCACGACCCAGGAUGUCUGUAAUGCACGACCUAGCAUCACCGAUUUUUAGAGGGCUUCCUGAUGCCUACUCCGCAUGACAAAUGCCCCCCAUGCGUAGCACAAACGAGAUGUCUCCUCGUGCUGGUCAUGCAAUACAGAUCUUUUUAGAUUCCGAAGUUAGCAUCACAAGUUCCAACCUUCCAGACCCAGUCACUUUUGCAUGUGAUACGCUCUGGACUUCUUCAACAACAGCCCCUUCAUCUGCUACGACCGCUCGUAUCCUGAGUAAAAACGUCCCCACACCAGAGUCAAGAUGGGAAAUCUGCUAGACAAAUCAACCAGCUUUGGUUGUUUCGCAUGACAAGCUUGCUCUCGUAGUGCAAUCCUGUUUGGAUUAUAGUUCAUCAGCAUCACAGAUCUACCAUAUCGCGCUACUUCUAGCAUCACAAACUCCAAAACGCAGCCAGAAAAUGGCUCUCAUGGCACUACGCAUGAGAAACAUUUUCAGCAUGCAGAUUUGCAUGACAACCCGGGUGUGGGGACGCUUUUACUCAGAAUAGCGCCCGCCCGUUGGUCACUCCCGUGCAGUUGCUGAAGCGCAGAAGAUACGACGAGCGCAUGCGGAUGGAGCGCCGGCAGAAGCGCGUAGAGGCGGUCCAGCAAAUGAAGGAAAGGAGCCAAGCUUUCAAGGAAGGCACUUAUGGGAAGGUGAAAAGCUGGGUGGCGCGAACCUUGGGUUACGAUAUGCAUUGCAAACAAUAUCCAUCUGGGUUUGGACGUAGAGUGCAGCUUGUGAAGUGGGUGCUGCAUUUGUAUUCUAAAAGGAUCUGCAUUACUUGAAGAGCAAGAGGACUGCAGUUGUUGCUACAACGCCGAGACAAGGGUAAUAUUUCUCGCGCGGGAUGAAAUGGGCAUCAGGAUGAAGUUUUCAAAAAAAUUGUGAUGCUACGGCAUGCAUCACAGACGAGACAUCAAUCAUGCCCAUGGGUCUUCAUGCAAAACGUGCAUGACAAACCUCUUGCACCUUUCCAGACCGAGACGAAUAUUUGCAAUGCAUAUACGACACUACAGAACAAGACGAAAUCCGCAAACUCGCGGCAGAGGAGCAAAAUAUCGAGCUGGAAGCUGAGCAGAAGGCACAAAUUGACAAAGAACUCGCACUGGAGAACUCGCACGGAGGUGGUAGCAGUGCUCGUGGUACUACUGCGCCUGGCGUCCAUGCUGGCACUACACCAAGUGCUGACGAAGAGCAGCCCUCUUUCUUUGGUCGGUGGUUUUCUGGCAGCUCCUGGUUCGGGGGAGGCGGGGACGGCGAGACGCAAAGUAGUAGCCCUGCGCUAGGGAGCGUGGCCGGGGACUUGGUUGACGACUGGGCGCGGACAAAGGAAGACCUUUUCAAAGACGAGCUGCUAGUCGACUUGAUCAACUCCAAAUCAAAGCUAGAAAUGACGAUUCUCGAAAACACUGAUGUGCCACUCGAGGAACAGCCGUCGCCUGGGGAGCCGCUAACGGCACUGGAUUGCGACUUUGCCCUUAUCCACAGCAAAUUUUUUCCCGUACACGUACAAAAACAAAUGCAGUCUCUGCACGACAAAACUUGCCUUCAAUCCUAGUCUAGCAUGACAAGUGGGAGGACACUGCAAGCUAGCGAAAUUAAAAUUUGUCAUGCAUUUUGUGCAUGUACGGGAAAUUUGUAUUGCAUAGCCCACUUGCUCAUGCAACAGGUGCUCGAGGGCAAAGAUCCUCGCAAAUUGCUCGAGCCAAACUACGAAGUCCCCUUCCUUUCGAAGGGAUAUCCACUGCAAAAGUAUCGUACUCGUCUUGCAAUCAUGCAUUACAAAUCUUUUUCUUAAAGGUAAAUCCGCAUUACAAAUUUUAUUUCUCAUGCUGAGGAAAUUUGUAAAUGCAUUUGCAUUUUAUACGAGUACGAAGAUACUUUUGCAGUGCAUAAGGGAAUUUCCGGAGCAAUAAAUACCCUGCUCGAGAGUGGCAGUACACCCUCUCCCUUCGCAACAUCUUCAAGUGGAGGUCCCCUGGGCAAAAAUGCAGUACCAGAGCCGGAUCAUGUUCCGGAGCCACCACACCUAUGCAUUGCAAAUAUCCCUUGAUGUCUGGAAACCUGUGAUGCUGAAUGGAAAUGGUCAUGAACAUGAUUGAGUGCGCCUGUAAGGUCAGCGAAUCAUGACAAAUUUUAUUUCGAGCGCUUUCUCAUGCGUAGUGUGCAGUACAAACUGCGACCUUGCCUGACCAAAGUGUGGCACUUUUGCUAGUGAUGCAACACAGAUUUUUCAGGAAUGCAAAACACGCAAUACAGGCUCAACCUUUCCAAACCCAGACAUAUUUCCAAUGCAUAACAUCCGCUGGCGAACCACCUGAUUCUGUCGAUUCCGAAAAAACCGUCGCACGUCGUGACUAGUGACGGAAACGAGAUUCUCACCUAUGACCUGCUCAAACGUUACAGAAAUCUCAAACGUUACAACAGACAUGGAGUCAGUCUGGAUUUUGUAUUGCAUGAUCAGCAUGACAGACACGGACAGCAUUCCACUUUCUGCAAUACAAAUUUCGCCAGAUUCUCUUGCGGUUUGGGACUCUAGAACUUGUCAUGCGCAGGCCUGUGGGAGUAAGCUACAUCAUGCACUUCUUACAUCACAGAUUUCCAUAUUCUAUUGUAACGCUUGAGAUUGUAACAGCUGAGCGCGUUAUAUCACCUACAUCGACUUUCGGUCCGGAGACCCGGUGGCCUGGGCCGACCCGAAACUGAUGUGGGCGUAUCAAAUGCAAAAAUGUCUGGGUCUGGAAGAUUGCGAGACUUGUCAUGCUUGUGUGGCAUGAGCAACAAGUUUGUGAUGCGUGUCCAAGAAGAGACCCUUUUCUUGCCUGUCAUGCAAAAACGCAGUUUCUCAUGCGAAAAACGCAACACAAAGAAGCGCAGAUAUUUCUCAUGUUGCUUGGCUGUGCAUUACAGUUGCUUUCAUUAUUCACAACCCAGCAUCACAAGUUUCCAGACAUGCAGACACUUUUGCAUUUGAUAGGGCGCGGGGCGAAACAAAAAUUCGCAGGGGGUGUGUGGUUUGGAUCCGAUUAUCCAAAAUAUAUCAAAUGCAAAAAUGUCUGGGUCUGGAAACUUGUAAUGCUAAAAUGUGCAAGAGGAAAACACUUCCUUAUGCAGAAAAGCAUGACAAGUUUGCAGAACGCUUUCCCAUCCGAAUUCCGCAUGAGAAACUGCGUUUUUGUAUGACAUGAGAGGCUACCAUUUUUGUUGGUCACGCAAUACAGCUUUCACAGGAAUGCAAGACCAGCAUGACAAGUUACAUCCUUCCAGACCCAGACAUUUUUGCAAUCCAUAAAAAAAGGAGAAGGUACAAGAAGUCGGGAACCCGCAUGAAGUUAUGGAUCUGCAAAUACUUAUCAUCCCUGGAUCAUGUCUGGAAACUUGUGUUGCUGAUUAUACUUGCGUUACAUACUGGCUGCGCUGCCUGUACGGCAGAAGAGCAUGAGAAGUUAUUUCCUUCUUCACUUUAUUUCUUGCAGAUUCAUUCGCAUGCAGAACAAGCAAAUAACAAACUUCCAUAUCCAGCACGACAAAGAGAAAGAAGCUGGCCAUAAUCGUAUACAUGCACUACAGAUCACAUGUAGAUGAAGCUGUUGUCCUUGAUACUAGGUCCAGCAUCACAAAAAAUCCAGACCACUCAGACAUGACAUUUGCAACCAAUGCAUAGAGAUGGUUCAAGCGCCACUCCCAGAUCGGCUUCGACGAACACGACAUCGUGCGCCUGAUUGCCGUCCAGGGCCGCCAGAUGUCUACCUUCAAAGACGCAGGAGGACUUAUUACAAUGAAAAAUGCCCCCACCCCCGAACUUCUCGGGAGCAUUUGCAUUGCAAACCUUUCCAAGUGAAACACUCGCCCUCUUGCAUCUAUCAGCAUCACAGAUUUCCAAUCGUCAAUAGCGAAAAUUUGUAUUGCAAAAGAUCCCAGCAAAAGCGGCGCUUAUCAUGCAAGCAAUGCUAUAUACGCCAAGAAGACUCUGCAUCACAAAGAUUCAGACUCCUUUCAUGCAUGACAAAAACCUUUUUAACUCUGGCCGUGCCGUCGUGUAAUUCGAUUUCGAACUGAAUUCAAACUGAAUUCAAAAUGCCUCAGCUUUCAAAAAGACACAGUUGGAAAAGCUUGCUGAGACGCAUCGGGCAUGGCCUGUAGUGCCUCACCCAGAAGCACAGAAACCGCACGCAAUUGCGCAAGGGCCUCCGACCGAAAGCCCUCUCAUCAUGGCCACAGAUGCCACCACGGGCACGGCAGGAAGAGAAGCUCGACAGACGCGCGACAUUCUGUACAGACUGGGCAAGGAAGAUGAACAGCGCGGCAAGGCUUUGCGGCAUAAGCGGGAAAAGAAGAUAGAAGUAGAAAGCGCACUUAGGAUGCAACACGACCACGGAAGAGGGAGCUGCUCCGGGUUGGUCAUCCACAUUCGACGAAGAUUUUCGAAUGAACGAAGCCCCAGCUCCGUUGGCGGCGCACUUGCAGGGCCCAUGUGCUUCACGGCCAAGGCCUUGCAAUCUGAGCAGAAGCGCUCCAUGCGGGACGCCGGCUCCCCACCGGCGCCCGUCCAUGGCCCGCGCCUUUACUUCGCUCGCCCCAAACGCCCAAGAGGCCGCGCGCAGGUGGUGUAGGUUCAAUCGAAUCCAAACCAGCAAGGCUGCGCGAAAACGAUCGGCGUCACCUGAGACAACCCACUCUGCUGCUCAGAGGCUGCAACACAGCCCCACGAAACACAAUUCGCCACGCCGCCAACGAGCCGACACGGAAUGAAAGAGAAGGGCACUGAAAGACACAUGGAUAUUGGCGCGCGCGGCAGCGCGCGCCAAAAAAUGUACAACCUAGCCCAGAGACUCUGUUGUAAUGUAGAAGAUGGCAUCAGACUGGACCCCAAAUUGAUCCAACCAAUUUCAAACGGAAUCCGAAUUCCAUCCGUUUUUCAUCCGAAUCCAAUUCCUUAUUAGGGAAAUCGAAUUCGGAUGGAAAUCGGAUGGAAUUCGGAUGCAAUUCGGAUUCAGUUCGAAAUUGGUGGGGCCCCUCCAGGAAGCAACGGAUUUGGUUUGAAAUUGAAAAGGAGUCCGCGGAUUCAGUUUGAAUUCGCGGAUUCAGUUUGAAUUCGCGGAUUCGUUUUGAAUUCGCGGAUUCGCUUUGAAAUUGAAUGCGGGGUCCGUCUCGUGCUACAUGUCAGGGCGCAUCGCCUUGACAUGUGGCGAAAGCUGGACCCAGCCGCCAUCCCCUGAGAACCCCAAAGCGUUCUGCCCUCUGCCUCGGCACGCAGUUGAUGGCUGGGCCCCGCCCUCUGCAGCCCAUGCCAAUCUUAAGCAUCGCAGCAUGUGCAACCGCACAACGCCACUUGCCACCAGCUCACAAAAAACGAACGGAACAGCAAGGCCGUGGAAAUGCAGUUGCGGGCACACAUUUCCCCCCCAACCCCCCGCUCGCGCCCCGGGAGCCGCCGGGGACUUCGCGUCUCGUCACCGGUGCGCUCCAUGGGAACAUCUGGCCCGCCUAGAAGGCAAGGCGGCGCAUCAGGCAGCGUGCCUGCAACGUGCCAUCAACAGACGGAGCGGGCUCCUUUGACCCUCUGAAGCCGCCCGCCCCCGUGUUACCGCCCGAGCCAUUUUGGCCGGGUUGGUGUCAUACCUGGGCGAGCUCCGAAAAUGCAACUCCAACGAAGAUCCCCUGUAUCCCUCAGACAGGCGCCACACGAAGCUGGCGCACCCAAAACCCGCUAUCAAGUGGGCACAGAUGCCACAGCACGGCCCUCAACGAUCCGCGCAAGCGGGAACAUAAGCGCUCCAAAACGUCAAAAACGCUGGCAUUUUGAAUUCAGUUUGAAAUUGUUUUGAAAUUGUUUUUGGUAACGGACGGUCUGGCGUUAAAACCUUUCAUUUGGAAACUUCGCAUCACAAAUUAUUGCAACUUUGGGGGUGGGGGCAUUUUUCACUGUAAUGGGACUGACCACCUGGAGCUCCAACGGAGGAACCGACCUAUAACCCGCUCAGGUGUUACAAUCUCAAACGUUACAAUAGAAUUUGGAAUUUGUGUUGCAAAAUCCCCAACAUCUGGCCUACUCCCAAAGAAGCGCGCAUGACAAGUUUCGGAGCCCCAAACCCCAUGAGAUUCUGACGAAAUUUGUAUUGCAAAAAGCCCAAGUCUCUGUAUGGUACUCAUGCUGUUCAUGCAAGACAAAUCUCAGAUUCUAUUGUAACGUUUGAGAUUGUAACGUUUGAGCAAGCCAUACGACCGGCAGGGGGAUCUUUACGCGCCGGGGCGAGGGCCCUUUGGUGCUCCACCUCCCGGCGGACACGGCACUUUUAAUAACCCGUUGUACCACAGCGAAGGAGCAGGAGGUCCAUACGGUUUCUCGCCCUUCGUCCCGAAUUAUGCAAUGCAAAAGCAUCGUACUACGUAUAAAUUUAAAUUGCAUUAAAAAUUAGCGCAGCCUUACGAAUUCAAUUUGUAAAUGCUGAUUUACCUUGGCAAUUAUGCACAAAUGCAAUUACUGUGAGUACGAUACUUUUGCACUGCAUACGAGUCCUGCGAACCCUUUCGCAGCUGCUGCAGAGGGGGCGCAACAUCCGUACGAUCAGAGCUACAGCCACGCCGGCUCACCAUCUUCCCCUGCCGGCGCUGCCCGAGGUCCAGGUGGUGGGUACGGCUACGAGGACGAAGGAGCUGCCUUAUCAAAUGCAAAAAUGUCUGGGUCUGGAAAUCUGUGAUGCUGGAUUGAGCAUGAUUGAAGCGCUUGCAAUGGCAGCCAGGCAUGACAAGUUUUAGAGGCGCCUGCUGAUGCCUACCACACAUCACGAAUUGCGUUCUUGCAUGACAAAGUAAGUUUCUCUGUUGCUGCUCAUGCAACACAGAUUUUCCAGGAAUGCAAGACACGAAUCACAAGUUCCACUGUUCCAGACCCAGUCAUUUUUGCGUUUGAUAUGCCUCGGCUUAUGACCACAGCGGAGCUGCUUCCUACAGUGAUGCCUUCAAUGAUAACAAUGGGGAAGCGCAUGAUCGACAGCUUUGGCACGUAAUUGCCUACCAAGCACUGCCGAUGUAUCAGGAAAAGCUUUUACAGAAGAACCGGUACUACGUCAUGCGAAGGAAUCACGAGUUCAACGAAAAUUCCCCCUUCUUCGUGCCGCAAAACCCGUCACGGCCAUCGCCCGGCGAGAAGCUGUGGGCCGAGUCUAUGUUUUACGAGAAGGAGCGAGAACAGGAAUGCAGAAAUCUGGUGUCGACGGUCGAAGAAAUUUCCACGGAGCCUGACACCAGUGACGGGCUGAAGCACAUUCCGGAAAAGAUUGUCGACCGUGUCGUGGCGGAGGCACAAUCCCGCGCAGCGGCGACCAGCAGCUUGCGCGGGGCAAAAGGCGAAGGGACGGAAAACAGUAAAUCAGGAACAACGGGCGGCAAGAGUAAUAAAGAGACCGGCGGGACUAUUGCAAGGAAAAAUUCCCCCUCUCCAUAUCGAAAACGAAAUUUGUUAUGCUGUAUUUGAGUACACAAAUCGACUUGUAUUGCUACAAGGCCAAGAGCCGCAGUUGUGGCCUCAUUUGCAGGCAAUUUGUCAUGCUGUUUCCCGCUUCCAGCUGCCCCCUGUCAUGCUGAAGAUGCAAGGCUGUCCCACGCCACCCAGCACUACAGUCCGUAUUUUUGCCUUCUAGCAUGACAAAGCUGACUUGUGGCCACAAAUCUGCAUCAUAGCCUUCCGCUUUAAUAUGGGGAGGAGGGAUUUUUCUUCUUGAUAGGGGCCAGCGAUCAGAGCAGAUCAAGUGGUACUACCUCGAAAACCGCACGGACGCCGAAAAAGAUAAGACGACGGAAACUGAUCGUGCCUGUUGUAAAGCCGGGGACUUUUAUCUCGGACAUUCAGUCUCUGUUCAAUCCACACCAAAGCGAGUUUGCGAACAGGGAAGACGAAUUGUUGGACAUGUAAGGCCUUCGAGCAGGCUACAGGUAGUUCAGAUGCGGUCUUCACGGCCUAUCCGUCGGAACAAGGGUGUGCAGGCAAGGCUGGUUGUCGAUUUUUUUUAUCAUUAUCGCAAUUCCAAAAACCCUGAAAAAGUUACAAGCAACUACUACACAGAAUGGUAGGAGAAAAUCACUUUUAGACUCAGAUAGAUGUGUCAACUAACUCAGCUCAUGGUCAACUUUAAUGCUCUCGACGCGGUUGAGAAACAGAGCUAUCAUAGUAUUUUUUUCCAUCCGUUUUCGCUUCAUCUCGUUCUGUAGAAUGUUUUAUAAAUUUCCGAAGCAAAAAUUUUAGCUUUCGUUUUACUUUUACCGACGUUGAACAAAAAAAUAAACCCAAAAUUAGCGAUAAUUUUCCAGAAGCACUGCCGAAGAAAUUUGCGUCGACGCAAAGUAGAAAGACGAAGAUCAAUUAAUAUGACUCUCACAGAUUCUUCACCAUCUCACUUAUGCUUACAAUUGCAAUUCCAUUUAUAGUUUAAUUUUUUGUCUAUGUCACAAAACGGAAAUGCUUCGCAUGGCUCCAUCGGUAUGUCUUUUUUUUUCAAGAAAAAUAGCUUGGCAUGUUGAUGUCCGAUUGGUGUCGUGACGACCUAGAAGAACGGGCUGGUAGAGCUCGAGAUAUCCGAUUCCAUGUAUUUAGUGUUAUUACGAUUGACUUUUUUAGGUAGCUUGAACGGGACAAGGCAAGCAUCGAUCCCGAUCGCCCUUGCUGGAUGCAGAGGCGAGGGUUGUGGAAGCGACAAAUCAGAAAAGACUAUCAAAUCGUUACAGUGCCAAUUUUAUUUCCUUUUUCAGUAUCUAUUUGCAUGCAACAAAAAUGCGAGCACUGCUUAGUAUCUAUGGUACAAAAUCGCACUUUUUUCUUUUCCAGAAGUUUGCUUAGUGUGUGGCUUUUCUCUAUGAUUUCUUCGCGUUUCGCAGUACCUAGACAUGAUUUGGUAGCACCGUUCACAUCGCGGCAAAGAUUUUUGCGAUGUUGAUGCUUGCAGGUUCCGAUUCCGUUUCGAAAAGAAACACUUCGGGCCUAAGUCAAUUGCCCGCCUUUUGCGAGGAUGCCGAGACUCGACCGGCACGACAGACGUUGACGUAAGCAAGACCGUGCCUGCUGAACUCCGGCAGCUUUCAAAAUGUAGAUUUCACGCAGUUUCAAAAAUGCUGUAUGUUGCCCGUCUUUCAUUUACUCCAGUUGUAGACGAAAGCAGCUCUACGACCCGCCGAU